AUGGACAAUGAAAAGUUAACUGUUGUUAAAGAGUUGCAUAGACAGGCUAGAAAAAAUUAUCCUCGUCGAAAAGUUCAAAUGCGUGGCAUCGAUGAAACCUGGCAAGCAGAUUUGGUUGAAAUGAUACCUUAUUCUUAUUCUAAUAAAGGUUUCAAAUACAUGCUCACAGUUAUAGACAUAUUUUCCAAAUAUGCCUGGGCUGUAGCUGUAAAGAGUAAGAAUGGAAAGGACAUUUCUCUAGCCAUGAAAACUAUUCUAAAGCAAGGCAGAAUUCCAAAAAAUUUGCACACUGAUAGAGGAAAAGAAUUUUACAAUUCUGAAUUUAAGAGUUUAAUGCAAGAAUUUAACAUUAAUCUCUAUUCUACCUAUACUUACAAGGCAAUUAAUUACAAAUGGAUAAAUCUUUUACCUACGCUCAUAUCAAAGUACAAUAAUAAAAAGCAUCGUACUAUUGGUAUAAAACCCAAAGAUGUUACCGUAGAAGAUACAAGAGAACUGCUGAGACGUAUCCGAUAUACUCCCAACUGGACAACGGAAAUAUUCACUGUAGACCAAGUCAAAUCGACAAAACUAGUUACAUACAAGCUGAAAGAUUACCAAAAUCAACCCAUCGAGGGUGGUUUCUAUGAGGAAGAACUGGUGAAAGUCCAGUAUCCAGAUGUUUACCUUGUUGAGAAAGUCCUGAAAACUCGUGGUAAUGAUGUCUAUGUAAAAUGGCUUGGAUUUGAUAGCUCGCACAAUAGUUGGAUAAAAAAAUCUGAUAUGUAA